AUCUAAUUUUAACGUCCAGCCUUGGCAGAAUAAUUGCAUGACGCUCUGUCAUGAAAAGCUGAAACCAUACAGGCCAACUUCAUGUGUCUACGUCCAUUGACCCUUUGUAAAACAUCUUACUGACAUGCAGGAGUACCUGUAGUGUGUAGUUAAUUGGUCACCAGGAAACUAAACUUUGGACCAAUUGUUGUCAAAAAGAGAGCAUCAAUGAAUGAGGAACCACUGGAGAGCCCUGUCCCUGACAGAGAGCCUGGACUGAAGGAUGCGGGACAAAACCCAGAGAAGAAGAGCAUUGCAGAAAACACCUGUGAGGCAGCGCUUGCCCCUGAGUCCUUGGAAGAUGCGGGACAAAACCCAGAGAAGAGCGAUGCAGAAAACACUUCUGAGGCAGCUACUGCCCCGGAGUCCUUGAAAGAUGCGGGACGAAACCCAGAAAAGAAGAGCAAUGCAGAAAACAUUUCAGAGGCAGCACCUGCCCCGGAGUCCUCCGCUUGUUUAGACUUAUCCGAGCCAAAGAAAAAGCCCACCUCAGAUACAGCAGAGGAAAUCUCAGGAGAGACAAAGGAGGACGCUAAAUCUACAGCUGGUGAGCCUCCUGUUGACUGGUUUGAACCACUUGAGGACGAUGAUGAAGCCAAUAGCGAUGGCGAGCUGGAAAGCCUGGCAGGAGAAAGUGAAAGAAGUGAAGUCAUGGCGAGCGGAGAGAAGACUGUUAAAAAAAUGUACAAGAUUCAUUUACCCCGCCGCAAGCGAUCGCAUCCUGAUGAAGGAUGGUCUGAAUGGCCGAUGCUCGGAGAGGGCUGGAAGCGGAAAGAAGUGGUUCGACGCUCUGGUAGUAGCAUUGGACAGAAGGAUGUAUAUUAUUUAAGUCCACGGGGAGAUCGAGUAAGAAGCAGAGUGGAACUGACUACUGUGUUGGUGGGUCAGCUUGACCUGUCGAACUUCGACUACAAGUCAGGAAAGUUUUAUGAUGGUGAAGCAGCACCAAAGGUCCGAGAGCGCUCCUCUUCAGAAUCCAGCUUGGUUGACAAAAGGGAGGGGGCUGACACCCCGGACUCCUACCACAGGCUCACCCCCAGUCUAUUGCCCAAAAAUCUCCACGUCACACCCAACCAGACGAGCGUCUCUUCACAGAGUGUAUCACUAACAACAGCCAAAGUCGCUUACAGAGAUCCAGUUGAAGUUAAAAUUAAACUCCCUCCCCCCUCGUCAUCAUCCAAACCACUGAAACUCCCAUCCAUAAAUGGGGAAAUUGGGUCUGAAGAAAACACACUGGUCUGUGCCAGAUGUGGUAUUUCCUUCACAGGCACAUGGUAUGACAAACAAAGGAAGAGGCCCUUCUGUCCCACCUGUUGGGCAUCGAAAACCAUAGAGCAUCCAAUGAUCCGUUUCCGAAAGUGGAUUCCUUGUGGACAGUGUGUCGGAUGCCACAACACAGUCAACUGUGGGCAGUGUGCCAACUGCAAGCAUGGGCUGCAGAGCCCCGAGUCCCGGAGACGUUUGUGCCGGAAACGUAAAUGUAUAUGUCCUUUUCGCAAGGGGCCUGGAGGUGGAGGUGGAGGUGGAGGUGGAGGUGGAGGUGGAAAUGUCAGUGGGAGCUUGCUGUCGCAGAGGUCUUAUGAUGACUUUCCUGAAACAUUUGAUGACAGCAUGAGUUUCCAGAGUGAAGUUACAGACUCUCAGCACCCGAGUCUGAAAAGCAGCGACACAGAGAACUUCUCGGUCAAUGUGGACGUCGAUGAUGAUGAUGACAUGUCAACAGACGACGAUGAUGAUUGGCAUAAGAAGCGAAAGCGGCGGUCCUGUGGAGAAUGUAAAGCCUGUCUCUGCAGGAAAGACUGCGGCACGUGUGAUUUCUGCAUAGACAAACCUAAGUUUGGAGGCAGCAACAAGAAGAGGCAGAAGUGUAGACUGCGUCAGUGUCAGAGGCAGGCAAUGAGACACUUGCUGCCUUUCCAGAUGGGGCAGGGUGACUUUGGGGCUGAUGGCACGAUGCUGCCUGGCAGGCCUAGACCUCACUACACAUACAGUCGAAAGUCAAGUUUCAAGAAAGGCAAAGGACCACAACUCGGUUAUGAUUUAUCUGAUGACGAUGAUGACAGCUUCCAAUCAAUGAGCUGGAGCUCUGAGCCUGCCAGUAGCAAACACUCAUACGAACAGAAUUUGAGAAACAACCAUUCAUCUAUGCAGCAGUUGAACUAUUUAGAGGUUGGACAGCGGAAUGGACUGCCUGACAGAAUCCCUCACAUCAGCAACCACAACAACUCUGGACUGGUCCCAGUAAACAGAUGGGACAGAGAGGAACGCCCUGCAGGCAGACAUGGUCAGAAACAUGGUGACCACGACGAUGAUGAUGAUGAAGAAGAAGAAGAAGAAGAAGAAGAGGAAGAAGAAGACUUUCCCAUGAUCACACAGAUCUGCAGCCUGGCUGAUAAUACGGCUGGGAGUGGUGCAGACAUGGAAAACCAGCUAAUGAAACUCUUACACUCUCUGCGCACCUCUGUACUGCCCAUCCUAUGGUCCGCCAUAAUGGUGGAGGGCCCGCAGCUUCAGCUCAUCCAGUGUUCUAAACAAUCGAGCAUGACAGACACCAUGGUGCUGAUCGACCCAGACUUCUGUUAUCAGGUAACUGUCCAAAAGCAGCCACUGCUCCCCACCCACCCGCUCUACGACUGCUACCCAACACACUUAUCCUCGCUGACUGAAGUGGUCAAUCUGCUUUUGCGCCUCGAGCAGUACGUUGUGUGCCGAGGACUGCCCCCCAAAGAUCCAUCAUCCAAUAAGGACCCACUUAUACUGGAGCGGGCAUCAACAUGUGACUUUUUAGUGAAAAAGAAUGUGAGCAUCUGUGCUAACUGCAGAACACUGCAAGGACUUUAAUGUCAACUGAGGCAGAAUAAAGUCUGUGAAGACAGUGUAGACCACUGCCUCUUCACCUGCUGAUAAUACAAAAAACAUUUUACAGAUUGACAACGUACCUCUGGACUGUAAUAGUAUGAUUUGAACAUUUGAAGAAUCACCAAAGGCAUUCCAGGUGCUGUGGCAUUUUAUUUGUUUUCUAAUGUCUUCUGUUAUGCUGGUUUGAGGCUUUUCUUAAUGACUGUUACGUCAGACUUUGGUCAGUGUGAUGGGUAGAUCUUGAAUCCAUCAGACUACUGAAUCAUGAUUGUGCUUUUGAUUAUUUCACACUCUAACUUGAGGAAUUUAUAACCCUCACCCCUCAGGGUUAUAACACUUUUAUUUUUGACUUUGCUCUCACAGCCAGAAAUGAAACUUAAAUUGUACAAAUGAAAAAUGUCCACACUGUUUUCAUGCUUAUGUGUUCCAUAUCUGUUGGAGUUCACCAGCAGACCUAUGUUACCUAUGUUUUUGGGAAGAAAAACACAUUUUUUUGACCUCUUCCAUUUGAUAGUAAAUCAUUUUUUUCUGAUCCGUUUUGAGCAGUUGCUUUGUCAGUGAACUCAUGAUGAAAAAAAAAAACCAUUCAGUUAAUUGUUCAGAUAUUAUGUUACAACACUGUCAAAAACAUCAUGUUUAAUCUUCCAAGUGUUUGUGUAUGUCCAGUAAAAGGUACUGAGAUAUGAAAUCCGUUUCAUCAAAUAUAUAAGUGUAAGCUUUUUGCAUAAUGCAAAAGAUUUAUUGACAAAACAAUCGGUUAAAAGAUCCCACAUGUUGAUUAUAAAAUAUCUAGUUCACCCAAGUUACUGAGCUGCAACAACUGAGAACACUUAAUAUCAUGUGCAGGAUCUGGCUGCACCAGGAGACGAUGUUCAGACAACAACUGUUGCUUGAACAGUUGCAGCUGUCCGUCAGAGGGGUCAAAGAGAAAGCCACCAUUAAAGCAACCUCAAGAUGUCUGAGGUAGUGAUUGCCUCACAGGUGUAAAAGCAUUUUAAUGACAGUUCUCUGGUUGGACGGGCUUAAAACAAGCAAUGUUACUGUCCUUUGGUUAAGACACCUCUGCUCUCCAGCAUUUAUUGUAAGACUCAAGUCUCAAAAUUGAAGUCUGUAGUAAUUAAGAUCAGUUUGAUGUGAAAACUUUAUCCCACAUUAUCAGCAUAAAAGCUUCAUUUAAAAAAAAAACAUUAAAUAGGCCGGAAAUGUUUUUUUUUAUUUUUUAUAUAAAGAUAAUCAACAAUUUACCACUUAUAAAUAAAGCUCAACAAAUCCUCCAAUAGACGGUGUUUUUUUCUGGAGAAAUCCAAAAUGGAUGAGACAUUUGGUACACUUUGACAAAUUCAAAAACACAUUUUUGCGACGCAAGCUGGUUCGAAAAGGCACUUUCACUGUCUGACGUAUGUUGAAAUAUGGAGAUCAGAGUUCACAGAUUGUUUUGUGUGUGCUUGUAAUGUGUUUUCACUCAAACAGAUGGUGUAUCCAAAGCUCAAACUACAAAUAUGACGCUGUGCUCAUGAUGCUGUCAUGUGUUUGAAGCCACCAUAAUAUGAUGGUUCGUGUUUAAACAUUGUCUUCAAAACCCCUUUAAACGAGUUUGGUUGAAUUGUAAAAAUAUUUAAAACGUUCUCCCCUCCUUAUUUCCAGUGGGAUGUUUCUGGAGAAACUAAUGGACUCUUAACAAUGUGAAAGUGUAUGCAUUCUUCUCACACAGUUCAUCCGAUUUAUUUUUUCUAUCUUGUUUUCCUCAAGUAAUUGUGCUGGACCUGAAAUGUUUUGGAUCAGCUAAUUAUCCCGGAUGAUAACAUUAGUUAUUUAGACUUUAAAUUAAAACAUAUUUAAAGAGUCAGAAAGAAAGUUUUCUCAUUUCCUGUCUUUAUCUUUUACAAGGCAAUGUGCAAAUAAAGUGUUUUUUCUGA